AUGGCUGACUUGGCUUCUUUGCAAAGCGAGUUAAAGGCUGCGAAGGAGAAAUGGGAAGAGUUGAAGUUGGGAAAGGCAAAGAAAGAGGCUGCGACGUUUCCAUUCCCGGUCUGGGCCAUGUUGGCGUUGCAGCAGCCUCCGGCGGCCAAAGCCUUUGAUGUCUAUGAGAUUCCAGUCAAGCUGGUCAUCAACGCUGUAGAGCCUGUUGAGCUCAAGGUUGAGGUGCCCAGCUCUGAACUGCCGCCGCAGCUCCAAACCAAGAUUGCUGACGAGGUCCUCAGUACCUGGAAGAAACACCUCAAAAAGAAAGCUGCGCCUUGGGGCGUUGCCCCUACCUUUGAAUGGGUAGCGACCAACUUUGCCAAGCUACUGAUGCUGGAUGCAGAGUGCGUGCACCCAUAUGAAGGUUGCGAUGAGAAUGAUUGCAGCAUGCGGAGAUAUGCCAUUGGACCUCCCGCAGCGGCGCCGGAAGAGGAGGAGGAAGAGAGUGAGGAGGACAGCGAGGAUGAUGAGGAUGCUGAAACUGAAGCGGGGCAACCUGGUGAUUUGAUGGAGACUCUCGGGCUGCCAGCCGCUGCCAGUCACUGGACCGUCUAUGUGGAGUGGUUCGUGGCUCUGGUGGUCGCGGCAGCUGUGGCCAGUGCCUGGCGGGGUGCCUGGCUGCUGCUGCUGUUGAUGACCACCAUUUUUGAUGCUGCCGCCGCGGGCGACAUCGGUUCGAUGAACACCUUCAUGGACCACGAUGACUUCGACAUCGAUGCCAAGGAUGCACUGGGCAACACCGCCCUGCACUGCGCGGCGAAGAAUGGCGAGGCGGCCGCUGGGGGUCUGUUGGUGGAAUGCAGUGCGGAUGUGAACCUCGUGGAUGCCCAUGGGAACACGCCACUGAUGUUGGCUGCCAUCCAUGAUAAGAGACUAGUGGCCUCGAUGCUGCUGUGGGGCGGGGCGGAACGCGACAUGCAGAACAAACGUGGCAACACGGCACUGCACGAAGCAGCCAUCAGUGGAGCCAAGGACGUGGUGUUUCUGAUCGUGGAGAAUGGAGGUGAGAGAUCUGUGAGGAUCAAAAAUGAGGAUGGUAAGAGUCCGUUAGACCUGGCCAAGGAGAAGGGUGCCAAUGCCGAGCUUCUAGAAAUGCUCGAAGGAGCCGAGAAGGAAAUGCAGGUCUAUUCGGCCAAAGUGGAGAAAGACAGCGGCUCAAAGGACAUGAUACCUAGCGCCAGUGCAGCGUUGGGGCUCGGCUGGGGCGUGGUCUUGUUUGGCAUCCUGGGAUUUGCCCAGCCUUGCCUGGCCUCAGCAGUGGGUCGCGCGCGGCACAAGCAGAUCUUCUGGUUGGUGGAUGCCAUCUACAGUUACCUUGGCUUUUGGUGUUGUGUCCUAGUUUGGCGCGGCGUCUGGCAGCUGUGGGAUGGAGCUUUGGGGGUUGCUCCAGUGUCCAAUGAAGAUCUCGCUCCCGGUUUUGUCCGUGGAGCCUGGUUGAGCCACUGUGUGGGUGUAGCGCUGCUCCUGGCCGCUGGCGCCAUGCGAAGCUUGAACGCUCCUCCUACCUUGAUCCUGGCGGACAAUCUUCCUCCAAUGUUCGGUGCCCGAAGCACCUCGGGUCUCAGUGCCUUCCGACCUUUGCUCCGUCUCCAAGAGAGGCCACCCUUGCUGCCCUGCCGGCAGUGGCACGAGGCGGUGGGGCUGCCGUACCAUGCGCAGGAUGCCUCCCCCCAGGCAUGCGAAGUCACGCCGGAAGCCAACAACUGCGCAUCCUUGGGGUCUCCAAAUUUCGGGGGAGCAUCCCCGUCCAUCUCCAACUUGGCCAACUGA